AUGCAGGUCCUUACUACGCUGCUUCUCGCAGCCUCUGCUACCGCGCAACUCACCUCUAAACUCACUCAAAUUACCGACUUCGGUCCCAACCCUCGCAAUGUUGAGAUGCAUAUCUACGUUCCUGCAAAUCUACAGGCCAACCCACCGAUUCUCGUCACCCCCCAUUGGUGUGGCGGAACCGCUCAGCAGAACUUCGAAUGGCGAGCCUGGGCAUCUGCAGGCGACAAGUAUGGUUUCAUUACCAUCUAUCCCAACACGACGAACGCAGAUCGAUGCUGGGAUGUAAGCAGCAAAGCAACGCUUACACAUGAUGGAGGCGGUGAUUCACUGGGUAUCGCCUCCAUGGUUCGCUGGGCGCUGGAAAAGUACCACGGCGACCCGGACCGCGUCUUUGUACAGGGAACAAGCUCAGGCGCGAUGAUGACGAACGUCCUCAUUGGAGCCUACCCGGACCUGUUUGCUGCUGGAAGUGCAUGGGCUGGCGUGCCCUUCGGUUGCUAUGCCGGCGAUGGGUUCGACGUGUGGAACCCCGACUGCGCAGCUGGAAAGAUCAUCAAGACCGGAGCGGAGUGGGCUGCGAUCGUGCAUGCUGCAUUCCCGGACUACCAAGCAUUCCGGCCCAAGUUCCAGACUUUCCAUGGUCUGGCAGACACUACAAUCAGCCCGCAGAACCUGAAGGAGCAGAUCAAGCAGUGGACUGCUGUUCUUGGUGUGAGCGAGACACCUAGCUCGACUACGCAGGACACGCCCUUGACUGGAUGGACACGCUACCAGUAUGGAGACAAGUUCGAAGCUUACGAAGCAGCUGGCGUCACCCACAACAUCCCGACUCAGGACGACUUGGUCAUUGACUACUUUGAUCUGAGGUGCCAGAAGAGUGAGACAACCAAGUGCUACUCCAGGAGGUCUUAA